CCAAACCCAAAAAACAACUGAUGUGGUGUUUUCCCAUUGGGUUGGGAUACCACGUCUGUUGUAUCCUGGGGAUACAGCAGACUUUCUCCUCCCCAAGACCAUCCGGCAGCCACCCUUUGCCGAAGUCACCGGCCGCUGAGCUUCUUUCCAUGCCAAAGCCACUUCGAUCUUCUUCCCCUCAUGCACCUUCGGCUUUCUCUCUGUCCCCCUCAUCUCCCGGAUCAUUCUCCAUGCAGGCUCAGUUUUCUCCAGAUCCGUCGACGCCGGCGAGUUUUCCGGUUACCAUCAUCUCUCCCAUGGCUCCCAAAUCCAUGAAUCUUUAUCCUCAGCCAUUGAUUUCACCUUCCUCUUCUUGUCGCAGACCAACCGGCAGCCAUUUCUCAAAAAAAAGAAGCCGGCGAUGCUCUUCCCCUUCUUCGGUUCCAAGCCUUCAAUUCCCAUCAUUUUUAAACUCCUUCCCAUGUCAAGCCCCUAGUUUCAAUUGAUAUACCUUCCUAAUCAUUCCCGUGGCCCAGCACCCACAAUCCCGGCGAGUGAACGACAGAACAUGAGCAAAUGAAGCCGGAUCUGUUGAUUGGUGGUGGCGGUGAGGUGCACGCGAAACCUCGGCGACUCGGCAAAUUAUCAAUCAUCAUCCAACUGAAACAGAUCUGCAAACCAAAUCUAUGCUAGCUACGGGUCGGUGACGACAGAGUGAAUUGGGCGUGGAUGAAGGCCCAAGUGCAUUUCCAUAUUUUUGUAAAAAGGAUCAACAUCGGAGAGGCCCAAAUGCCUUGCAGAUUCGGCACAGAUUUGAAGAGCCCAAAACCGGGAUCCAAAAGGUCCGGAGAGAUUGAUUCUAGAAUGUUCCUUUUAGGGUUUUUAGGGUUUUGGUGUUUGGGUAUAAAUAGGUGGUUUUAGGUUGGCACCGGGGAGGUCUUUGUUGUGUGGUUCUGGUGUUGACGGCGGAGUCGUCUUUUUGUUUUUUUUGUGGUUCUGGUGUUGCCGGCGGAGGAAAGGAAAAGUUUUCUGUUGAAAGAGGGCUCGGUUUUUGUACCGGAGGUUAACGGCGACUGAAAAGAGGGCUUAUUUGCUGUGUCUGCUUCUGUUUAGGUAAAUUUCUGAGCAGAGGGGUCUUCUGGGAACGGUGGUGAAGGGGACGAUGAGAGGUGGGAUCCCUCUCAUCAGAUCCGGAUCUAUCUUCCUAGAAAAACUCCGCCGUGGGUGUCUCUUUUAUUUUGUUGAUUUUCUCUGUAUUUUCUUAGAUUCAAUGUUUAAGUUUGUAUACAUUUACUGAAAAAUGAAUGAGAAUCAAAGGUCGUUCAGUUU